AUGACCGCGAAGGGCGCCAAAGAGGUCGUGAUCGGCAAGUGGGUCUUCAAGCUCGGGAGCCCGCGGGCUGAGGAGGAGCUGGAGAGGCGCCGGCGGGAUUCGGCGGCCCUGCGGAGAGGGGCUGAGGAGCUCGCGGAGGGGAAAAGCAACAUGACGGGUCCGGAAAGAGAGCGGCUCCUGGAGAAAAUACUUUCACUUGAAACAGAAAAAGAGAAAAACAACCGUAUUCUUGGACAGAAGGACAAAGAAAUCCAGAACCUAAAAGACAAGCUCAAGUCCAAAACCAAAAACAGUGAAGUAUCCUCAUUACUUAGUCAACUAGAGGAAAAAACAAAGGAAGCAGAAAAAAGAGAACAGCUACUUAAUUCUUUGUCAGAGGAAAUGGACCGGUUAAAAUGUAACUUAGCUGCUGUUACUGCAAAAUGUUCAGAGCUUGAAAACAGAGCUGGGACUUUUCAGCCAUCCCAGGAGGCUGUAAUGGACAGCACUGGAUCACCAACUGAUCUUAAUGAAGUUGAAAACCAAUUGAAAGAUGCUCUUGAGAAAAACCAGCAGUGGCUCCUGUACGACCAGCAACGUGAAGCGUAUGUCAGGGGACUGCUGGGCAGGAUCUUUGAACUUGAACAAAAGUCAGAAGUCAUUUACCACCAGCAUGUAACAGAAACCAGUGCAGAAGUUCCAGCUCAUGAAGGUCCUCUACAAGAAAAGCAAAAGUAUUAUGACCAACUGUUACUAAGUGCUAAAAGUGAUCUUGAGACUGAAAGACGCACUAUAACCCUACUGAAAUCUGAACUUAAUGAAUUAAAAAAGAAGUAUGAAGAAACACAACGAGAAAUAAUUAGUUUAAAUGCCUUACUGCAGUCACAACAGGUUGUUGAAAUGAAGACUCUAGAAAAUGAAAAUAAAAUCAAAGGUGAUAAACUGCAGAGGCUGAAAGAAGAAAAUGAAAUUAUUAAAGAACAGCUCAGAGAAGAAAAGAAAAAGUCUGAUGGUCUUUUAUCUCAGGUACAACUUCUUCAUAAGUCACUGCUUAAGCAGCAGGAGGAACAUACUAGGAUAGCUUUGUUGGAACAACAGAUCCAGAUGUGUACCACAGACUUUGAGAAUGAAAAGCUGGAUCGACAGAAUUUGCAGCAUCAGUUGAACAAAGUUCUUAAGGAGCUGCGCAAGGCCAGAGAACAAAUAACCCGCCUAGAACCUGUGAAACUCCAGGAAUCUGGACAUAUGGAACCACAGGAAGGUCUGCAAGCAGCAUUUGAAGAGAAGAUGACAGUAUACGACACAAGUCCUUCCCUGAAACGUUCAAAUCUCCUUGAUGAAAGUUUUCUUGAGUGUCCUAGAUGUAAAAUGCAGUACCCAACAAGCCAGCAUAGGGAAUUACUAGCACAUAUUGACUUUUGUACAGCUUGAGCUCAAAAUAGACUUGCCAUCUUUGAUUUUUAAAUACUGCCACUUUGCAGUUUUACAAAGAGAAACUGCAGUCCUUUUUAGGCUUUUUUUUUUUAACGGUUUUGUGAAGGACUACUAGUUUAAUAAGUCACUUUAACAAAAACAUUUUAACUUAUUUGGCCUUAAAUAUUUUACCUAGCAUGUCUGUAAAAAUAUUUCCAUUACAGCCAAAUAUGCAGUAGACAUUUUUCACAAUUAUCUUCAAAAAGUAAACUACUGACCUUUUUCCUUUUUUUUAUUGUUUGUGGGAUUUCUUUUUCU